AAAAAAACCUUCUUUCUUGCACUCCAUACUUCUUGUCCUUUGGCUUCUUCAACCAUCCAUCCCACCAAUCCUCCUCUUCUUCACAGUCUUUCUCCUUCAUAUCCCAUGAGUCAGGAUUCACCACCACAACCUCCUCCUCCUCCUCCUCCUCCUCGUGGUCGUCUACUCGUUAAUCCUUUGACGAGAACAUUUGAACCUCGACCUCCUCCACCUCGUGGUCGCCUUCUUCCAGGUCCUAAUUGGACGAUUUGUAGUGUGCCUCCUAAGCCUCCUUCUCGUGGUCGUAUUGUAGUUCGUCCUGCUGAUCAGGAUCCUCCUCCACCUCCUCGUGCUAAUCUUAUUAGCAACAAAGAAGAGACAGUAGUUCCUACUCCUGAUCCUUCUCCUCCUGCUGCUGCUCCUCCUCCUCCAGAUAAUGAAAACACAAACCCUUCAUGCAAGUACGAUGCAUUCAUCAGUUUCAGAGGAACCGACGUCAGGCAAACUUUCCUAAGCCACCUCUUCGCUCACAUGAACGACGAAAGACACGUCCUCACCUUCAAGGACGACGUGAAUCUCAAACGAGGAGACAAAAUCUCGCCCACGCUCAUCGAUGCGAUCGAGAGAUCCUCGUCGUACGUCGUGAUCUUCUCCCCGAAUUACGCGGAUUCGGACUGGUGCCUCGACGAGCUUGUCAAGAUUUUGGAGUGCUCGCGCAAAUACGAGCGGAAGGUGGUGCCGGUGUUUUACGGCGGGGUGACACCUUCCCAUGUGAGGAACCGGAAAGGAAGCUACGGAGAUGCGUUUACUGAAUAUGAGAAGAAGCUUCCCAGUAAAGAGAUGGAGGCCAAACUCAAAACCUGGACGGCUGCUCUCAAGCAGGCGGCCAACAUUUCAGGGUUUGAUUCCCUAGUCACCAAGCCUGAACGUCAUCUUGUUGAAGAAAUUACCAGAACUAUACUCGGGGCAAUCAGACAAACGUUCUCUCCUAUUAUGGAAGGUUUGGUCGGCAUAGACCAAGACAUCCAAGACGUGGAGAAACUGUUGAGCUUCGACGACGAAAACGACAACCGAGUCAUAGGGUUUUGGGGCAUGCCCGGCAUUGGCAAGACCACUCUUGCCAAAGCUAUGUUCCACAAAAUAGACGCGGAGAAAUUCGAAGGAGUCCAUUUCAUCGAAAACUUCGCAGCCCAGCUGAAGAAGACACAGGUGAUCGAUCUACAGAACGAACUCUUCCACAAGUUGCUGGGCGACGACGAGCAAGCGCACGUCAUGCCCACCAAUCUGAAACUCGAUCGUGUUGGCCGCGUAAGAUCCUUCGUCGUCGUCGACGAUGUGACCAUGGAUAGUUUAAGAUCCCUGAAAGAGCUGCUUCAUGGGAAAUUAUGCAAUCUGUUUCGAGCAGGAAGUAGAAUCAUCCUGACGAGCACAGAUCGGCAGGUACUCAAGAACGUCGGCUGUCAGGUAGUGCACCAAGUCAAAGGUCUCGACGACGAUAAAGCCCUACAACUUUUGAGUUCAUAUGCGUUCAGAAAAGAUCGACCUCCGAGUGAAUUCAUGGAGAGGUGCAAGAAGAUUGUAUCUUAUGCAAGUGGCCACCCGCUAGCCCUAACAGUUUUGGGCGCGGCUUUGCUUGGUAGGUCGACGGGAUACUGGGAUUGUGCAUUGGACAAGCUUAAGAAAAUCCCCAAUAAGGAGAUUGAGAAUCUGUUGAUGAUUAGUUAUGAUGGGUUGAGUGUGGAGGAGCAAAGUGUGUUCCUUGACAUUGCCUGCUUCUUCAACCACGAGGACUAUAAUUUCGUGACCAGAGUGUUGGAUGAGGAUCUGGUCUCGAAUCUGGUUGACAAGUCUCUUCUUUGCGUUAAUGGGUCAAAGGGGGAGAUAGAAAUGCAUGGCAUGUUGAAAGAUCUAGGCAAGAAGAUUGUGAGGAAAGAAAGGAUGCUCGAGAAACGAUCAAGGUUGUGGAAGGCCGAAGAUUUACAAACCCUACUCAACAAAAACAUGGGAACAGGAGCAACAGAAGGCAUCUUGCUGAAUAUGAGUAAAACUAAAGAAGAGGUAUGCGCAAGCUCAGCUACUUUCGAGAGAAUGAUGAAUCUGAGAUUGCUUUCCAUUCAAGUGGCGAAGCAAAGGAGUGUCAUCUCAGCCCAUGUCCUUCCACUCUCAAGCCAAAGUAAGAAAGUGUUUGUUCCUGAGGAGCUUAAAUCCCUCUCCGGCGAGCUGAGGCUUCUUGAGUGGGACUUAUUUCCGGCCACAUCUUUGCCUUGUGAGUUUUCUCCUCGCUAUCUCCAUGUACUCAGGCUAAAACACAGCAACAUCCGACAACUAUGGGAAAGCAAUAAUGUGGAUCUUGGAAAUUUGAGAGAGCUUAAUCUCUUUGCAUCGAAGUACCUAAGAAAGUUACCCGACCUAUCAAAGUCCAAAAAGCUCGAGGUGAUUGAUCUCACAAGUUGUACAAGCCUAGAUGAGCUUCAUGACUCCAUCAUAUAUCUUCCCAAGCUCCAAACCCUAAUUCUCAACUCAUGUGGAAGCCUGAACCCUAAUUUCCUGGAUCAACAUCAAGCGAAAGGUGACCAAACUCAAGCUUUCCCAAGUUUGAAAGAAGUAAACUUGGACAAGACGCGGAUCAAACAAGUUCCAUAUCUGAUCAAAUCUGCACCGCUUCUCUCCAAACUCAGCUGCUCGUCUUGCCCCAACAUUCCGGAGUUCCCAGAGAUCUUGCAGUCCAUGGAAGGACUGUUGGAACUUGACUUGAGCUAUUGCAAGGGUAUAUCAAGCAUUCCUGACACAAUCAGGAUUCUCUCGAGCUUGGAGAAGCUUGAUCUAUCUGGAACAGGGAUUGAGGAGGUACCGUCGUCUGUCUUGGAUUUGCGACGUCUCUCCGUGUUGAGAUAUGCCAAGUGCGAAAAGCUCCUGAGAGCUCCAACCAGCUACAAGAAACUGUAUUGCUUGAAAACUCUCGACGACUCUGAUUGUGUUAUGUUAACUAACAAGAACCCAGAACUCCCCGACACCUUGGAAUAUCAACGUGAUAAUUAAAGACGAAGAUCAAGUUGAUUAAACAGGUAUUUGCGGCAUAUUAUUCAGCCAAUUCAAGAAAUAUCGCAAGAAAGCACAAGAACCACUUGUACAUUAAAUAUAUAAAUAAAUGAGGAGUAAAUAAUGACUUAUUGGGAGACAUCAAUCCAAAUACUGUAAUGUAAAUUUAUAAUUAUUCAUUGUGCUUAUUAGAUAUAUUGCCCAUUAUAUUAAGCCAUGUAAAAUAAAUUCACCCACUGAGUGUCUGUAAGAAAUUGUGAGUGUUAUAGUUUGCUUUAAAAACAAUCAUUUUGUGGGAAGACACUGGAGCUUCAUUGUGUAUGUGAAUUAAAGACUACACUAGUUAUGUAUCCCGCG